AUGGAACAAAUGAUUGCUUUGAGUACACAAAAUCCAUUAACUUUAUUGGUAAAGUUUGGGAUGAUGGCUUGGAAUGAUACUUGUGGCAAUGAAAAUUGCUCUGGACAUGGAGAAUGCCAUAAUGGCACUUGUUUGUGUGAGAUACAAUUUGAUGGAUUAGAAUGUCAUGUUCCAAAUUUAAGUUACUAUAUUGCAUUUGCAAGUAUAUUUUUUAUGCUGGCAUUUGUAUGCCUAAUACAGCUUAUUAUGUGUAUCAUCGCUGAAUGGCAAAAAAUGAAAGCACCAUCUUUCCUUAGAGCUUGUAGAGUCACUACACAGAAAGUUCUAUAUUUUAUUGUAUUUUUGGCAUCAUUAAUAAGAGGAGCAUAUUUUACAUCACCGACUGCGUUUAAAGAAGGAUGGUCCAGAAGUUUAUUAUCUGCAUAUUAUCCACUUGUUUUAAGUGGAUCGUCUUUAAUUGUUUGUUUCUGGGCUGAAGUAUUUCACUUAAGAAAUAUGUCAUGGGACAAACCACAGUUUCUUUCAAAAUCAUUCAUGGGUUUUGCUGUGUUCAAUGUGUUAACAUACUCUCUGCUUCUAGCAGAGUUCAUUGUUACUCAAAUAUAUUCCCAAGAAGAUCAGAUUCGAGGUGGUUUUUUGAAUGAUUAUCAAAAUAGCACAAUUUUAAAUAAACGUACAGUCACUGAUUUGAAAGUUAAUGCUGAAGAACAAGUUACUGCAAAAUUAUUUGAUUCAGUUCCAAGUACAUCACAAUUAUCUCAAGUGCAAGAGCAAAUAAAUAUUUCUCAAUUACAUCAGUCACGUGUAGGAUUAUUAUCACAAGCUUUUAUGUUAUUUAUUAUUGUUGGAUUUUUGUGCAGUGAAACACUUAGUGAAUUUUGGAAAACAAAAGUUCCUUUGUACAGCAGAAAUUGGCAUGAUAUUGUUUUCCGUAUUAUUGAAGUAGGUGUAAUAUUAUGGUUUCCAUGUGUAUUAUGGAAUUGUUUUAGUCCUGAACAAUUGUGGAUUUUAAAUCCAAAGCGUCUUUUGAAAAAAUUAGAUCAUUCAAAAUAUGUGAAAGAAAUAGAAUUACAAGAUAAAAGUGCAGAACAAGAUGCCGCACUUUUUUCGGAUGGAACAUCAAUCAGCAGCAAAGAUUGUUGGAUUUGUUAUGACAGUGAAAGACAAGAUGCUGGUCCACUAAUACAACCUUGUCAAUGUAGAGGUGAUGUGAGCGCAGUUCAUCAUAACUGUUUACGUCGAUGGUUGGUCGAGAGUUCUAUAAAUGCUGAUAGUCUUACUUGCAAAGUAUGUGGUACAAAAUAUAAUGUUGAACAUGCAAGUAAAUUAGAUUGGCAAACUGGUAUAACUUCACGUCAUUGUUUACAAACUAUUGCUAUUGUAACAACUAUGUGUGGAUCAUCAGCUGCAGCUUGGACUCUCAUUCAGUUAGUAGAAGGUCCAAUUAUUAGAAUGUUUGCAGCUGGUACUGCAUUAUUGGUUAUGUAUGUUUGUAUAAGGUUUUUAAGCUUAAACACAGUUGUGGCAUAUCAGCGUGCCAAAAUUUCAUCUUUAAAUAUUAUUAGUUCUGACAGUAAUGGAAAUGCACAUGUUUCAACUAUUAGUCAUACAGUUUGUGUAGAUUUGGUGAAAUCUGAAACAGCCACGAUAUAA